UUUCUAUAUCGUGCGUAUAUCGCCUGUGCACAUCAGACAGGCAUUGCCAGUCUUUCGAUUAUUUUGAUAUUCACAAUUAUGAAUGCCAGAGUGGAAAGAUGAUAUUUUCCUCAGUGAUGAACGAUUUUGGAAGUAAUGGACGCAGAUAUAGAACUGGUUCAAUGUAUUUGUUGUAACAGAUCUCAUUGAUGAUGCGUUGUAAAUAACGAAAAAUGGCCAGUGGUGACAAUAAAUCCGAAGACUUUAUGCCUAAAUGUUGGACCCACAGCAGUGAGCUGCUGCCGCUGUUUUGUAGAGACUGUGAUCGCGUGUUGUGCAGUGACUGUGUGACGAGAGAUCACGUUGGACACAAACUCUGUAAAGUGUCCGAGGUGGCUGAAUAUCACCAGAAUGCAUUUGAGAAGAUCCUAGAAUGUGACAAGACUAAGUCAAGACUAGAGGAAAUUUUACAUAAUUCCCAACAAGAACAAAAGGAUCUUGCCGAACAUGCUGAAAGUCUGAUUUGCGAUGUAUUGGAUAGAGAGAUGGAGGUUGGUAAAAGAUUGAAGCUAUGGAGUAAGAAAAUGGUAGAAAAUGUUAAAAUAUUUAAAGAGCGCCAAAAUAUGUCAUUGAAAGAAUACCAAUAUCUUGUUUCUGCUGUACUUGAUAAAAAAGAACGGAAGCCUGAGAGAGAAUUGGACAGUUUGAGUGUAACGUAUCUACAUAGUAGGGUCGAGCGUCUUUUAACAUCAACAACCGAGUUUCCAACACAGAACAAAAUAUCUAAACAGUACAGAUUUGAAACAGGACCUCCUGUUGAAAAUCUAGAUAUCAGUUUUGGAAAAUUAAAUCAAUUCAAAGUACAUUGUCGAGAAAAUUCGUCAGAUGAAAUCAGUGAAGGCGAUCACAGUAAUACUUUAGAAGAUGGGGAUAAUUUGAAUGAAGGCAAGAACUUGCAUGACAUAGUUGUUUAUCAACCUUGUGGGGAAGGAAAAAUAGAUGACAUCGCUGUUUUUGAUGAUCAUACAAUCUUUGUAGUUAGUUGUUGGACACUGUACAAGUUCACAUCAAACAGUAAAGAUGUUAAACUUAAUCCAACUGUUAUUGCAGAGGGUGUGUAUCAAAUUGCUCCCGUUUUGUCGUCAGAAGACCUUCUCUUUAUUACGAUUAAUAGAAAAGAGAUUAAACGUUUAUCAAAUAGAAGUCCAAUAGCAAGAUUUAUUUUUACUGAGACAUGUGGAGAGAGCUUUCAGGCCCUUAAUUCGGACACUGAGGCGUAUAUGUAUGUGUUAUUAACAAGCAAACUAAAACAUGGGAAACAUUUCGUUUGUAUACACAAUGAAUAUGGGGUAAAUUUGAAAAAAAUUCAAUAUUUUUCUGAUUUUUGUUCGACAUAUGACUGUAGAAUAACGACAACAUGCGAACAAAACAUAUAUGUAAUAUCUACACGAAAUGUAGUUGAAGCUGUUAAUUCAGAAUCAGAGAGAAUCGCAAUUUAUUCUGGGUCCAUUGGAGUAGAUCCGGCAUCAAGAUUUGGACCGGUGGACAUGACUAUUGAUAGCAAUGGCAACAUACUACUCGCUGAACCGAAAGACAAUGCAAUCCAUCUGUUGGACAAGUCCUUAAAGUUUCAAAGACUGCUUCUGACUGGGGAAGAUGGACUGACUGGCCCGCGCUCUGUGACUCUGGAUCCAUGGGGUUAUCUCUGGGUGGGAUGCUCGGACGGACAGAUCCGUGUUUUCAACUACCAGUACCUUAUGUGUACUGACCGCAAAUCUAGAUACCUCCACUCUGCUUGAUAGUGCGUUUUUAAAUACGACAGCUCAAAAUUUCAAUCUAAGCUCAGUUUAUUAUUGAAAUUACACGUACUUGCUGAACAUUCAAUGUGUAAUAUUUUAAGAAUACAUAAUUUAGUUUUUUCCUUACAAAAAUCGCAUCAAUAAAUAUAUGUACUCUGCAAAGUUGGAGUAACUUUAUGUGUUUGUACUAUAUACCAAGCUUAUGAAUGUUUAGAAAAUAUAAUUUAUUUGGAAUUAAACUCAAGUUGCUCGCUAGAUAGCGCCACCACAUUACCGAGUUGUCGUAAUGAAAUCCGCCAAGGGUUUAUGGGGAGCAAAGUGGACCGAAAACCUUUGGCUAGCGAAGAUAUCUGAAGCAUAAUGGUUUUUUUCCUU